AUGAUGACUCCACUGUGGAUUCUAUCUGAGACCAAGCCGAUCUCUGUUUACGGGCCCCCUCGUUUUGUAUGUUCAGGCCUGAACUUCAGGCUGAACUUCUGCAGUGCACUGCUUGGCGUCCGGCAGGCAGCAGCCAAGCAUCGUCGCAGCAUCGAGGAUAUCCUCAUUACCCAGCUGGCAGAGACGGCCGAUCCAGACAGUCAUUUUUGUCGGUCUCAUGGCUGCCCGUCGUGGACGAAGCGUAAGGGUCAUCGGGAGGAAGAUGACUCAAUGAAGACAGACGCCUGUCCCCCACUUGACUCAGACACAGUACAGAUCUCGAUUCGUGCAACGAUGGCCAAGUCUCAACAAACGUCCGUUAAGAUCCUGCGUACAGGCGUCAACGCUAUGCGCACCGUCAGCAGCCACGCUGCGUCCAAGGCCUCGGGCCUCGUUGCACACCCGGCUUUGCGUCCUGUACUCACGAGCGUCCUCAUGCUAUCACUCGUGGCCCUGGCCGUCAUGAGCCUCGGCCGCUUCCAGCUCUGGAUGACGGGCGCCGGUGUCUUCAUGGUCGCUAUGAGCAUCGCUAGUGCCGUGCAAGAGUUCAAGUUCCCCAAGACCGCACAGUCGUACCAGGACUUCCUGGAUCAAGAAAUAGACAAGUGCAGCCCCGACAUGGUCACGCUGCCCCAUCUGUCCCCCGCCAAGACCAGCGCUGCGAAGAAACAGCAGAAACAGGUGCCUAAGGACGAGAUAUCUUCCAUGGCGCUGAACAUCGCCUCGCCGGCGAUUCCAGCCUCUAUGACACCCCUUUUCCAGGAGAAGAUUAGUCGACGAGAGAGUGAAGACAGUAUGGGCGCUCUGGAGUCCGCAGUCAACCCGACAAUCGUGGAGACCGCAGAAGUUAGUAACAAGCUGGACGUGCUCCACUGUGGCACCGUGAUUGAUAUCCAGGGAUCGCACGGGUUUAUCAUCCCGCACGACUUGUGUGUGGACGCCACGGAGACUCGUAGUGACGCGGUGACUACACUUAACCGAUUAGACAAGCAGCACAAGAUGCCGCUAGUUAUUCCAUUUCACCUCAGCGAGGAAGUUCGUCAGGAUAUUGCAGUAGGCAAGACGGUGGAGUUUGCGUACUCGGAGGCAGCGACGAAGCGUGCUCUAAACGUAACACCAGUACCAACGGACGACGGUAUCGCUAAGAGCCGCUCUGCACUUCAGUCGUGCAAGCAGGCACGCGAGGUGUCAUUUGCACGAGCUAUGGAAGAGCUGACGAUGAUCUCGCCACGCAACGUGCCAGUGAAGCACCAUGUGGACUUGAUCAAGUAUGCUGAGGAGCUGGACGACUACGACGCCCCCUUCGACAUGUAA